AUGUCUUUGGCGGAAAAGAGAUCAGGAGUUGAUGGUGCUAAUGAUGAAAUUGCGGAUUUGAGAGAAUUAGGGUUGGAACUGGGAGCGAUGGAGUCUGAUGCAAUGGGAAGAUUGCCGUCGGAUGCUGCUGGGACGGAUGAUGUAGAAGUGGGUGGUGUUUGUGAAGCUCAAGAGCGAGGAAAUGAUGAAGUUCUUGUGGAGAUUGACGACGCCGAUACAAAUGGAGAUCCGAAGAUUGAUAAAGGUUCAAACGAUGACCAUGCAACGAACGAUUCGGGCCACGAUUCUGGCCACGAUUUUGAUAUCAAAAUUUGUACUGAUGAGGGGAGAGAAAAGGCAUCUCGUGGGACCGAGGGACACGAAAAUGCUGCUGAAACAGAUGUUUUGGAUGACUCGGGUGACCACAAUGUCAGUUCUGGCAGCAAUUUGGAUGUGGAUAAACUUCAUGAUGAGGCUCUCUUAGGGGAACAUGAAGAGAGUGAAGAAGAAGAAAGCUCGGAAGAUUGGCAUCCAGAUUCUUCAGGAAUUGCUUCAGAACGUAAUGACUCUGUUGUCGUACGAUGGCCGAUCAAAAAAGUUGAAGGGGCCAAAGAUAGCAUGGAGAGUGAGAACGAAAUAAACACGACCACGACCGAGGUUUUGAAUCCCGACUUGUGCAAAUUCUGUAGGGUGUUCUUUGAUACUUGGUCCUCUGUCUGUGAGUUUUUUUUGGAGAAUAAAGGGUUUCAUGCCCUAAGUUCUGCGCAUUAUGAUACGAUGUCUGACUUAAGAGCAUCCGCAUCAGGUGGCUGUCAUCUGUGUGCUCUUUUUCUGAGUAUAUUAUCCUUUGAAUUGAGAAAAUACGAUUUCAGUGCUCAUGAGGCCGGCGACAACUUGCCGCUUGAUCAAUUUAAACCUGAAGAUAUAGUGCUUCAUAAAGAAAAUGAAUACGAUUGCAAGAUACACGACGAGGGAGAGUACGAUUGGAAUAUUGUAUCCACUUUCCGAACAAUCAAGGAUGAUCAACGGCAAAUAAUUACUUGGACAAAAAUCAUGCUAGACCAUGGUUCGGAUUCUUGCUAUAUUGAUGAAAAAAAUGGUCAGAAUAGCUGUGAAGAGCUUCGAUUGGGUGCUACUGAAGAAUCUACGGGUAUUGUGCGGGCAUGGAUUCGAGAAUGCCACUUAAAUCACAGUGCUUGUAAGCAACAAGAAGACAUUUUUGUUCUACCUACACGACUGAUCAAAAUUGAUUCUCAAGAAACACGUCUGUGUAUGUCUUCCAACGAGAAUUGCUCAGAAUAUGCAACUCUAAGCCAUUGCUGGGGAAAGACUGAAGUGUUACGGCUCCAAAAGGAUAACCUCCAAGAUUUUUUGAUAAAAAUUCCUUAUGAUAAGUUAUGCAAAACUUUCCGCGAUGCAAUUUAUAUUGCGAGAGUCUUAGGUUUCUCAUGGCUGUGGAUUGAUUCAUUAUGUAUAGUACAGGGCGAUCCUGAGGAUUGGAGUAGAGAGGCUUCUCGAAUGGCUACCGUUUAUGGACUUUCAAGCUUGAAUAUUGCUGCCACAGCCGCCCCAGAUGGUACCAUUGGUUGCUUGUUUGACCGCGACUUGAGAUACACGGAAAAACAUAAGGUCGAAGUGAAAAUGGACCGUCAAAAACAGGUCUACAGCAUUGCAGAUGACCGUUUGUAUAUAAACAAUAUCGCCAAUGCGGCCUUGACAAACCGCGCUUGGGCUUUCCAGGAGCGAAUACUAGCCCCGCGGACCUUACAUUUUACUAAAUCCCAACUCUUUUGGGAAUGUAGAACUAAUCAGGCUUGUGAGACUUUUCCUGGUACAUUACCGGAAAAUUUCUCUGAUCACACCUUAUAUCUACCUAAACAAGAGCUCCUGUCCUGGAGCAAGAUUAUCCAAAUAUACACCCAUUGUUCGUUAACAAACGAGAGUGAUCGUUUAAUUGCAAUAGGUGGUGUGGCAAGACAACACCAAAAGAAAAAUGGUGAUAAGUACCUUGCAGGACUGUGGCAAUCUCGGAUUAGAGAGCAGAUGUGCUGGUUCACCUACGGUGAGCAUAGGCAACAUCCGAGAGAAAACACGGGGCGAGCCCCUUCCUGGUCAUGGGCUGCAGUGAACAAUUCAGUCUAUUUUCCUGGGGAUACAGAAGUUUUUCAUGAAGCAUAUAUCGACGUCACCAAAAUUGACAUAACUCUUGAAAAUACCGACGAUCCAUUUGGAGGUGUUAAGAGCGGAAUCCUGACCCUACGCUCAAGAUUUAUGAUGAUCUUUGGAAUGGAGCCACGUCCCAACACUGCUAACAACUAUCGCGGAAUAUCCUUUGGUAAAUUCCCAAUUAGAACUUCCGAUAUCUUUUGGGAUCAUAGAGAUUGUGGUUUGGAGAGCUAUUCUGAAUCAAUUUUAAUGUUGCCUAUUGGCGUCUUGUUAAAUUCUAUUAAGGUGCUCGUGCUAAUGUUGACCAAUCAAGAAAAUGGGAAAUAUGAGCGUGUCGGUUAUUUUGAUUUGCCUAGCUACUCUGAUGGCUAUGAAUCAAUUCGUCGAGCCAUGAAUCUUACCCAAGAUGAUGAGCAAUUCAAAGAGCUGGGUCUUGGCGAUGCCCUUCCUUCAGAAAAAGACUAUAUCUCAACUGAUGUAGAUGAAGAUGGGAUUACGUGGUAUACAAUUUCUAUUAUAUGA